AUGGGGAGGUGGAACUCGAGGUGGAGAGGGAUUCGUGGGUGUGAAAAACAAACUGAAUGGGAAGAGAUAAGAGCAGUAACUGUCGGGGUCAAGAAACAUUUUGAAACGAAGCGCGUGGUUAUUGACAAGUGCAGUGCAGUGUUUGGUGGAUUGGAGUCAUUGGUUGAUGUUGGUGGCGGUACCGGAACUGUGGCCAAGGCCAUUGCCGACGCAUUCCCAAGUAUGGAGUGCACGGUGCUUGAUCUCCCACAUGUGGUUGCUGGCUCGGAAGGGAGUAAGAACUUGAAGUAUAUUGGAGGGGACAUGUUUGAGGUAGUUCCUCCUGCAGAUGCAAUUUUACUUAAGUGGAUAUUGCAUGACUGGAACGAUGAGGAAUGCGUUAAAAUACUUAGAAGAUGCAAGGAGGCAAUCACGAGCAACGACAAGAAAGGAAAGGUGAUGAUCAUUGAAAUGAUAGUACAGAACCAGAAGGAAGAUGAUAAGGAGUCGAUUGAGACGCAACUCUUCUUUGACAUUCUGAUUAUGGUGUUGGUAACUGGAAAAGAGAGAAACGAGAAACAAUGGGCAAAGCUGUUUUUCGAUGCUGGUUUCAGUGACUACAAGAUAACCCACAUAUUGGGCUUAAGUUCUCUCAUUGAGGUUUAUCCUUGA